UCAUCAAAACUACCAAAUUCCCAAAAGCCUUCUAUCAUGAGAGACAAAGAUAUAUAAGAAAAAAAAAAUCAGUAGACGCCAAUUCCCACAACCGGCAGACCACUCAGAGCUACUAUUCUUCUGUCUUCUUCCUUCCAUGAAAUAACCCCUCUUUGAUUCCUCUCCCUUCAAAACAACUAAAUUAAAGCCACGCUGUUCUCUAACCUUUUAGAGAGAGAAAGAGAGUGGUAGCAAGAGAUAGAGAGAGAAAGAAGCCAUGGAAAUUUUGGAGCUUUUGAUGGAGCUAUAGGAAGAAGAACUUAAUCCGGCUUUAGUCUCUUCUUCGUUCAUUCUUUCUUCAGCUCGAGCAAGAAUGGCGUCCGGCGAAGCUUUCCGCGUACCUUCUUCUUCUUCCUCCAUGCUUCCCUUCUCCUACGACCAAAACCCUAACCCUAAUCUGAUGUCACCCGCUGCAGCACCUCUGAAGAAGAAGAGAAAUCUCCCCGGAACACCAGAUCCGGACGCGGAGGUGAUAGCCCUGUCACCAAAAACGCUAAUGGCGACAAAUCGCUUCGUAUGCGAGAUCUGCAACAAAGGCUUCCAACGCGACCAGAACCUCCAACUCCACCGCCGCGGGCACAACUUACCGUGGAAACUCCGUCAACGUCAACCGGGCGGGUCACCUGCCCGUAAACGAGUAUACGUCUGCCCCGAACCCAAUUGCGUCCACCACGACCCGGCCCGUGCCCUCGGUGACCUCACCGGUAUUAAAAAACACUUCAGCCGGAAGCACGGCGAGAAGAAGUGGAAAUGCGACCGCUGCGGUAAACGUUACGCCGUUAACUCUGACUAUAAAGCCCAUUCCAAGACCUGCGGAACACGAGAGUACCGUUGUGACUGCGGAACAUUGUUUUCUCGCAAGGAUAGUUUCGUUACGCACCGCGCUUUUUGCGACGCGCUUAUGCAGGAAGCGGCUGCUCCCGCCGCGGAUUCGGUGAGCAACGGCUCGGAUGAGAAGGCGGCUUUGAAUCUUUGGGUGAACCGGGAGUCCCAGCCACCGCCGUCGGCGGGGGCUGUGGCGGGGGCGGGGAUCUCGGCGACGGCGGUGGUGCAGAAGGCGGGCGGCAGAGAUGGGGGCGCUGACGUCCUCAUCGUCGUCUUCGACGUUAUUUAGUGGGUUGAUGAGGUCUAUGAAAGGUGGGAGUUUGGAGUAUGGGGGCGGAGGGAUGACGAGGGAUUUUUUAGGGUUAAGGGAAGACGAAGAAGGCGGCGGCGGCAACCAGAAUGUGGCGGAGAUGAGGAGAUUUGUCAACUUGAGUUCGGGGGUGAAUUAUGCGAGCAAUAAUGCUACUUCAUCCUAUAAUGCUCAAGGGUGAUGGAGGGUCUGUUUGGGGGAAGAGUUAGGGGCUGUUUGUGAUAGUUUUCUGUCUGUUUUGAUUUUCAGACUGCUAUCACAAUUCUAUUUGGGAACUGUUUUCUUGAUGCUUUUGUGGAGGCUGUCAGAAAGAUGUGAUCUAAUUUUUUUGAAAAUAAAGUAAUUUUGUAAUA